AUGAAGCGCGUGGGAGUUAAAACAGCCGUGCUUUCUAUAACAGCCCCUGGAGCUUGUAUUUUGCCAAGCCGUCACGCACGCGCCCAGCUUGCGAGACAAUUAAACGAAUAUUCAGCCAACCUCCGUGACAAAGACCCGAAGAGCUUCGCCUUCUUCGUAUCAUUGCCCGACAUUCUCGAUACCGAUGAUGCCCUCGCGGAGAUCGCGUACGGUUUAGAUGUUCUUCAUGCUGAUGGUAUUACUCUUUUUACUCGCUACGGCCCCUCCAACACCUAUCUUGGUCAUCCUGACGUUGAACCCAUCUGGGCUGAACUGAAUAGACGAGCCUGCGUGGUUUUUGUCCACCCUACCCACCCAGUCGAUACCAAUCCCGUUAACUCAAAGCUGCCGCAACCAGCUAUCGAUUAUCCUCAUGAAACCACCCGUGCAGCAAUGGAUAUGAUCACCAACGGCACCAGACUUAAAUAUCCUGCCUGUCAAGUCAUACUGUCCCACGCAGGCGGCGCUCUACCAUAUAUCAUCUCCCGCGUAACCACUCCCAUGAGAAAAGCAGCAGACUUUGCAGUCUCACAUCGCAUGGGAACAACUCAUGACAAAGCAAUGGAAUCGUUUCGUAGCUUUCACUUUGAUUUGGCCCUAAGCUCGUCGCCGCAGGUUCUGGACAUGCUGUUGAAGAUGGUCCCGCUUGACCACAUCUUAUACGGCAGCGACUUUCCGUAUGCUCCUAUAACCGCCUAUCCGGCUUUUCUUGAGUCACUCGAGUCGUAUGAAAUGGAUACUGAGCUGAGGAAUAUGAUCAAUUAUGGGAAUGCGAUGAAGUUGUUCCCGCGGUUGGCAAGGCAAAGAAAUGGCACUUUAUAG